AUGGCGGAGUGUAGUGGCGGAUCUGGGCAGGUUGUGGGAGUGAAGGGAGGGGAUAGAACAGAAGAGGCAGCGAGGGAUAUGGAGGAGGAGGAGGAGGAGGGAGUUGCGAUGGUGAUUAUUGGUGCCGGUCGGAUAGGCCAGGCUUUCAUGCAAAUGGCUCCACCUAAUAGCGCACUGUUCCUGCCACGUGGCAUGCCCCUCUCAUCCCUGGUCCAGCUGUCGCCGCGCCAUUCGCAGGGGCCAAUCGUGGUGGCGACGCACAACUGCCACCUGGACGAUGUGCUGGCGCAGGUCCCCCCUGCGCGGCACAGCGACCUGGUGCUGCUGCAGAACGGCAUGCUGGACGGCUGGCUGGCAGCGCACGGCCUCUCCCACGCCGUCACGCGCCUGCUGCUCUACAUGGCCGCCUCUCAGCCUCAAGGGGACGCUGCUGGGGGGAACGCUGCUGGGGGGAAUGCUGCUGGGGGGAAUACCGCUGUGGGGAACGCUGCUGGGGGGAACGCUGCUGGGGGGAACGCUGCUGAGGGGAACGCUGCUGGGAUGGACGCUGCUGGGGGGAACGCUGCUGGGAUGGACGCUGCUGGGGGGGAGAAAGUGGAUGAAAGGGCAUUGCGUGUGAGCUGUCCAUGCGAGCAGCAACACAGGAACGAGGAGACGGGAGGAGUGGUGUGGGAGGCGCCGUCGCUGUCCCAAUCACACCUGCCUGAGUGCUUCACGUCAUCCCCUCGCUACCCCCACGGCGUGCGCAUCACGGACGGUGGGGGGCGGUCCGUUGCCAGUGGCAGAUGGGCGCCACUGAUAGCGCGUCUCCUCUCCGCCUCAGCAGUCCCCUGCACGGUCGUUCCCCACAGCACCUUCCGGGGACGAGCAGGGGAGAAACUGAUCUGGAGCUGCAUCUUCUGGCUGCUCUGUGCCGCCAGGGGCGGGGCUCCACUGGGGGAGGUGGUAUCUGCGGACAGGGGGACGGUGAGGGCGCUUGUGGGGGAGCUGUGGCCGCUGCUGGUGACUCUGCCGUACCAGCAGGUGUGUGCUGUGCAGCUGAUGGGGAUAGCCGGACGCGCGUAUCAUACUGCUACUAUUGCCGCCACUGGCGCUACUGAUACGGCUGGCACCGUGUCCGCUGCUCUCUUCACCGGACUGCACCGCGGAGCUGCGGGGUGGAACCGUGGCGUGACUCGCGUCUGGGCUGCUGCCUUGCACGGGCGUACGAGAGACCGAAGAGGAGGCAGUUUCUACCACCACCCUGUCCGAGCUAUGGCCAGCCUUCAACGAACCUUCGCUGAAGCAGCCUCCCAAGGGAAGCACAAGGAGCCCGCGAAACAUGACGUCAGCGGCGAGAGCGGGGAGGCCGCCAGGCAGGCGCGAGGGGAGCAGAUGAGCGGCGCGGGGGAAGAAACGCGCACGGAGGGGUCGGAGGAGGUGCGCGCGGAACAGGCGGAGGCGUACGAGAAGGAUAUGGACGACUACGGGUCGGCAUACGCGACGCGGUCGUCGGACGAGGGAUUCGGGCAGAUCUACGGGGAACCCUUGACGCACUUUGGCGUGCGUGGCAGAGUUGGCAACGCGCCGGCGGCGUGGACGGAGGAGGGAUCGAAGCUGGAUCGUACGAGCGAGCCAGCAGGGCGAGAGGAGUACAACAGGAGUCGGGGCGCGUCUGUGGGGCAGACGGAGGAGGGGCGGCACGCCAUUCGUGAGAAAGCGAUGACGCAGGAAGUCGAGGGCGGUAGUCAGGGGUUCAAGAGUUGA